AUGGCCUCCAACGUCGUGAAGCUGCGCUUCCUGACCACUGCCCAGGCCGUCUGUAUCCACAACACCAUGAUCACGGCCUCUCAACCCACACAACUGGCCAUGCUAGAGUCAGCAGUCCAGUCACCUAUAAACAUCAAGCACUACACUAACGAACAGAACAUGUUCCAACUUGCGGCAAGCCUCUCUGAGAAGAUCAUCAAAAACUACGCCUUCCAGAGCGGAAAUAAACGCACAGCACUUCUGGCAGCAGACCUGUUCUUGAAAAUCAACGGGUACAAUCUCCGGACGAUGUCCUUAAAGGAGUCGUCCGCUACUGCGAAACAACCAAUACAAGAAGCUAUUCUUGCCGUGUGCACGGGCAAGUGGACAGUGGAGCAGCUCGGUCAAUACUACCAGCAGACGGCUACAUUGCUUGAACGGGUUGACUCCUGA